CAGUGUCGAGGAGGACGAAGGGGCGUCACAGGCUUGAGCCAGGUCUUUUACUCUGCCCCCUCUCUCUCUCUUCCUCUCACUCUUGCAGAGUCCCUCCAUUCCCUCAGGUGUCCUCUCAGCUAGAAAGUGGUACGAUGCCUCACGCAUACCCAUUCCUCACCCCUGAGCAGAAGAAGGAGCUCAGUGAUAAUGCUCUGAAGAUUGUAGCCCCUGGCAAGGGUAUCCUCGCUGCUGAUGAAUCCACAGGCAGCGUUGCUAAGCGCUUCCAGAGCAUCAAUGCUGAGAACACUGAGGAGAACCGGAGGUUCUACCGCCAGCUGCUCUUCACCGCUGACGACCGCAUCAAGCCCUGCAUCGGUGGAGUCAUCUUCUUCCACGAGACUCUCUACCAGAAGACUGAUGAUGGCAAGCUCUUCCCCCAGCUGAUCAAGGAGAGAGGCAUGGUGGUCGGCAUCAAGGUGGAUAAAGGUGUCGUCCCUCUGGCUGGAACCAAUGGAGAGACCACCACCCAGGGUCUGGAUGGUCUGUACGAGCGCUGUGCUCAGUACAAGAAGGACGGAGCCGACUUUGCUAAGUGGCGCUGCGUGCUGAAGAUCACCCCCACCACCCCCUCCAGCCUGGCCAUCAAGGAGAAUGCUAACGUUCUGGCUCGCUACGCUAGCAUCUGCCAGAUGCAUGGCAUCGUGCCCAUCGUGGAGCCUGAGAUCUUGCCCGAUGGCGACCACGACCUGAAGAGGUGCCAGUAUGUGACCGAGAAGGUCCUGGCUGCUGUCUACAAGGCUCUGUCUGAGCACCAUGUUUACCUGGAGGGAACUCUGCUCAAGCCCAACAUGGUGACUGCUGGCCACUCCUGCUCCCACAAGUACAGCCCCCAGGAGAUCGCCAUGGCAACCGUCACCGCCCUGCGCCGCACCGUGCCCCCUGCAGUCCCUGGCAUCACGUUCCUGUCUGGAGGCCAGAGUGAGGAGGAGGCUUCAGUCAACCUGAACGCCAUGAACAUGUGCCCCCUGCACCGACCCUGGGCCCUCACCUUCUCCUACGGCCGUGCCCUGCAGGCAUCUGCCCUCAAGGCCUGGGGUGGCAAGAAGGAAAACGCCAAAGCCUGCCAGGAGGAGUUUGUCAAGAGAGCUUUGGCUAACAGUGCAGCUUCCAUCGGUAAAUACGCUUCCGCUGGCGAUAAAGGAGCAGCUGCUGGAGAGUCCCUGUUCGUGGCCAAUCACGCUUAUUAAAGCAUUUAACCACUGUUUCCAACCAAAUCACCGUCAGAAGCACCUGCGUAACCGCACGGCUCCCCGUCCCCGUCCUCCCAUCACCGUUUAGCCCAGCAAGAAGAGGAUUCUCAAGAGAGAGAGAGAGAGAGCUCACUGUCUUUGUACCUGUGGAAGACCUCUUAGUAUUUGUGUUUUCCCCCAUUUUUAGGUGUAACUUUAAUUUCUUUCUUUUUUCAUAUGAUACGUACACACUGUGUUGUACUGCGACAAAAAAAUAAAGAACUGACUAACCCA